AUGCAGCCACCCGCAGCUCCUCUACUGCCUGGCUCCGAGCCCCAGCCAGCUCUGCAGUCCAAGAUCAAAGUACCAGAGGGUUGGUUUCUGUUAUUUUGUGACAGUAAAAAGGUGGCACAUGCCACAGAGGGGCUGGAUUGGGAAGACAAAGAUGCUCCAGGGACACUGGUUGGGAAUGUGGUUCACUCAAGGAUCAUCAAUCCUCUGCGCCUGUUUGUUAAACAGUCUCCAGUCCCAAAGCCUGGACACGUGGCCUAUGCGGAAAGCAUGGAAGACUUCUGGGACUGGCUUGCCAACAUCACGGAGGUUCAGGAGCCAUUGGCAAGAACUAAGCGGAGGCCCAUAGUAAAAACGGGAAAAUUUAAGAAAAUGUUUGGAUGGGGUGACUUUCAUUCCAACAUUAAAACUGUUAAACUCAACCUCCUGAUCACAGGGAAAAUUGUCGACCAUGGAAAUGGAACCUUUAGUGUUUAUUUCCGACAUAAUUCCACAGGCCUGGGCAAUGUUUCAGUAAGUUUGGUACCCCCCUCCAAAGUGGUGGAAUUUGAAGUUUCCCCACAGUCUUCCUUGGAAACCAAGGAAUCCAAAUCUUUCAAUUGUCGCAUUGAGUAUGAAAAAACAGAUCGGGCGAAGAAGACUGCCUUGUGCAACUUUGACCCAUCGAAGAUCUGCUACCAGGAGCAGACUCAAAGUCAUGUGUCUUGGUUGUGCUCCAAGCCCUUCAAAGUCAUUUGCAUUUACAUUGCCUUUUACAGUGUUGAUUAUAAACUUGUGCAAAAGGUCUGUCCUGACUAUAACUACCAUAGUGAGACUCCUUACUUAUCUUCUGGCUGAAUCUUUCCACAGUGAUAGAAAUGAGGGACCAAUGUAUAUUUAAAUAGAAUGACCAACAGCAAAGCCCAACUGUUCAUGGUAAAGGGUCCCUUUUGUUUCUGGCAGUGAACCCUAGUUCCUUAAUAGGUUUAUGAAUUUAAAAAAAGAAAAGUAAAAGAAACCUCUAAAUGUAAAGUGUGUUUGUUUUGAUCAUAAGUACCUUAAUGUAAAGAAUCAAACUGUUUAUGAAGCUACCACUUUCAUGUAGGAUGGCUAAGUUCUCAGAAUGUUGUUUCUCUAAAAGAAGCAUCAG